AUGGUGAACUCCUGUGAGCCACUUUUCCAGCAUGGUGCCUUUUUUGGCGUGAUAAUUGUAUACAUUGUCAACGAACGAUGGGGGCGACGGCUUGUACUCCUAUGGGGAUCCUUUAUUUUUAUCAUCGGCGUCAUUCUAUCAAUGGCAUGUGGAGGUAAUAUUCCCAUGUUCUACGUGGCUCGCAUUGUCAGCGGUCUAGGGGUUGGGGCUUCAACCUUUGCAGUCCCUCAAUAUUUGUCGGAGUGUGCCCCUCCUGCUGCACGAGGAGGGAUAGUGGGAUGUGUAAGGAUAAAGAAGCUGAUAUCUGCAGUUCGAAAUUGGGACCCAGAUCGGAACAAUAACUGGAUUUUGGAUUAA